GCUUUUUUAUUCUUCCCUCGCACUAUACUCGGUAACAAUGGCCGUUACCAGUAACCAACAACUUGUCUUCUGCCCUAGAUCUCGUAUUACCUGGGAUCAGCAUCACUUUAUCGAUCUCGCUCUUUACCGUCUGAUCCGAUGCUUAUUUACAACCAAUUUCCUUUUUACAUUUGACCUACCAUACAUUGUAGUGGUGAUUCUUCAAAAAGUUGAAGCUUUCGGGAAUCCCGAAGCGAAGCCGGGUGCACACUGCACAGAAGGUAACAAACAACAUCAGAAAAACCCCAGAUAAUCCGGAACAUAGUCCCUGAUUAAGACCACAAUGGUGAGAAAACUAAUAAACCAGCGUUCAAUCAGGUGGGUAGCGUAUAACUAGUCUAGUGAUGGUGCUAGCAUCUUCGAUCCCGGCCACGCUUCAGCCUUUAGUAGUAGUUCUUCAUUAUCGUCUAUAUUAUUGCCCACUCCCCAUAAUGUGUACCUGACCUAUACCAAUUAGUACGCAGUACCUUACCUACUCAUGGAUCCUGCAUUGCUGAAUCUAGAAAUCUCCCACGCACAAUAAAUAGUUACGGUGUAGAAGCAUGACUCAGAGUAGACGCGGACCGUAAAAGGGCGAGAUGGUGAGGGAGCCUAUGAGUUGA